AUGGCGGCUCUGGCGUCGUCGCUGAUCCGGCAGCGGCGGGGGGGACCCCGCGAGGGCGGCGCGCCGCGCGCCCCCGGCCCCGCGCGCGCCCCCGGCGCCCCCCGGCCGCCCUCGCUGUGCCAGCGGCAGCUGCGCCGCCUCGUGGCCAAAGUGCGCAACUGCGGCGGGCGGCGCAGAGCCCGCGAGAAACCGCCCGGUGAGCGCGGGGGGUUGGGGAAAUUGGGGAAAUUUGGGGGGAAAUUUCGGGAAAAAUUGGGCCCCCCAGCGCUGUUCAACCUGAUCCCGGUCGGGCUCCGCGUCGUCGCCCUGCAGGGCGCCCGGGCCGGGCGUUACGUGGCCAUGAACGGCGCCGGCGUCGUCUACACCUCCGUGCACUUCACGCCCGAGUGCCGCUUCAAGGAGGGCGUGUUCCAGAACUACCACGUGCUCUACGCCUCGGCGCUCUACCGGCAGCGCCGCUCGGGCCGCGCCUGGUACCUGGGGCUGGACCGGCACGGGCGGCCCAUGGCCGGGCCCCGCGUGCGCAAGGACAAGGCGGCCGCGCACUUCCUGCCCCAGCUGCUCGAGGUGGCGCUGUACCGGGAGCCGUCCCUGCACGAGGUCGAGGAGCCCCCCGGGACCCCUCCGCCCCCCGGGACCCCUCCCCCACCCCCCGGUGACCUCUGACCCCGCGACCUCUGACCCCGCGACCUCGGCGCCGUGACCUCUGACCUCGGCUCGACCUCGACCUCUCAAAAAAAAAUGAAACCCCCGGGGGGGGGGCACCGAAAAACCCGAAAAAACUGAAAAAAAAUCCCAAAAAUUCCAUGGAAGAAACCCUAAAA